AUGGCGUUGGAUCGCAUCAUCAACAUUGUCCUCCGAGCGGCAGAGCUCGUCUUCGCCACCAUUGUCGCCGGAGUGACGGGCCAGCACCUUCACCAGUACCGCCAUGCGUCCAACUGGUCUCAAGGCCGCUGGAUCUAUACCGAAGUCAUCGCGGCACUGUCCAUGUUCUUUUCUUUGAUAUGGCUCAUCCCCUUCUCGUGGUCCUUUGUGCACUGGCCCGUCGACAUCAUCCUCAGUCUGUGCUGGUGGGCCGCCUUUGGCCUCUUGGUCAACAUGCUGGAUGGCUCCUGCGGCUACAUCUUCAACUGGAACAACGUCCACCCCAUCUCCGGAGACCAGUGCGGCAAGUUCAAGGCCGACAUUGCCUUCACAUUCCUGUCUGCUCUUCUUUGGCUCGUGUCUGCUCUGCUCGGACUCUAUUGGGUCACCAGCCAUGGACGCCGCGCUACCGUCGAUGCUGCCCAGCGCCAGAACAGCCGCCGCUGGUACCGCCGAAGCCGUGUCUAA